AUGUCCGAUGUAGAGAAUCUUUGUUCAACAAUUGUUAAUCGUCCAGAUAAUAAUUCUAUAGGUCGUUUAAUAUAUUUAUUGAAUACAAAUGAAAAUAUUGAUCAAGAAAAAAUACUUAGUCAAUGUGGUAAAUAUUUAAGUGGAAUUAAUUUAGAUGAAUUUUUUGAAAUAAUUUAUAAGAAAAAACAAAUAAAUUUAAUUGAAAAUUAUCUUCAAACAGUUGAAGAUAUUAGUGAAAAACAAUUAAUUCAAACAUUAAAUAUAACAUUUGAUUAUUUAUCAUUAAUAUUAACAAAACCUUAUGAUUAUUGGUCAUUAACACAUGUUAUGAAAUUAUAUUUAAAUUCAUCUAUAUCUGUUGAACUUGGUGAACAACUUGUUUCAUUGUUAAUUCAUUUUCAACAACCAAUAUCAACAAUUAUAGAUUGGCUCUGUGCAUUAAUUGAUGCACAUUUUUCAUCAUUUGUUCUUGCUAAAUGGAAUAAAAUUCCAUUAAUAGAACAAUUUGUUCAAGAUCGUUUAACUACAUUUGAUUUACUUCAAGGUCUUAAUACAAUUAAAAAAACAACAUUAUCAGCAACAACAGCAACAACAACAACAAACAAAAAAUCUUCAGACAAUCUCUAUACUCUUCAAAGGAUUCAUUUUAAAUAA